CAGCCUCAGUAGUGCCCGGGCCUGCGCGGGGUGUGGACUUACGCCCUACUCCACACACUAAUAAGUCGCCGUGCGUUCGGAAACAGUGAAUCUGUGCUUAACGUUACCGUGAUAACAAAAGUUCCAACUGACAUAAUAGUGUUUCAUUUUCAUUCACCUCCUUGGAUAAAUGCAAGCGAGUUUUAUAAAGGUGAAGCGCAUCGCAUCAAUGGCCUGAGAGCAUGUUCCGGACGGCGUCAGUGGAAGGCUCCGCGCCGCGGACGCCCCCCGCCUACGCCCCGCACCCCCCCUACGUCCCACCACGCUUCUUCCCCCCUCGCAUCCGGCCCCCUCCCCCGCAAUACUGCUUCGACGCCGCCCGCUUCGCCUGCGACGCCUCCAAACCUCGCUACCUCGAUGUCGAGCGAGAGAGGCUGGUCACGAGAUGGCUGGCCGAAGCGAACGAGGCGCUGGUGAGGCGAGACCGACCGCCGAGAUACAAGCCGCGAAGCAGCGAGAGGCGGCCGGACUACUUGGAGAGGAGGCCGGCGCCAGAAUGGGCCGACAACUUCCUCCUCGGCAGGAGGAACGGGUCGGUGGAGCCCGAAGAGGACUGCAGUGAAGUGAUGACGUUGAAGGAGUUUGUGGACAAGUUCUCGCUGCCUAGGGUGGUGCGGUUCGAGGGCGAGGAGCGGCCGGUGCUGCUGUACCGCGUGCUGGAGGCGCACCGGCGCGUGGAGGCCGUGCCGCUCGCCGGCAAGAAGGGCAAGCUGGUGGGCAAGCCGCUCUACAUACCCGAUUCCUAUGAUGGCUGGUUCUCAGCGUGCGGAUGCCGCGGCGGCGCGCUGGCCGCUCCACGCGGCUCCGUGGCCGCGCUGCUGCGUGCGCGCGCCUUCGCGCUCGUCUCCCCCCGCGCGCUCUCCGCCUACCGCGCCCGGCCUGCAUCAGACAGCGGGCGCGUGGGCGCGCAGUACGAGCGCGCGGCGGCGCGGCCGGGCACGCCGCUGCGACUGGCGGGCGUCUUCGCGGACGGCAGCAAGGCCAAAGCACCCAAGUACGCGCAGCUCAUCGACCCGCAGGGCAACGAGCUGUUCGUCCCGAUCAACACGAAGGGCGAGCUGUACGAGGUGUGUCCCGAGGAGCUGUCCCCGGCGGAGUGGGACGCGGCCGAGCCGACGUCGCCGCCGCCGCCGGACGCGGCCGCGCGCGCGCACCGCCUGCCGCACCUGCUGAGCCUGUGGCGGCUGCCGGCCAGGGUCCGGCUCCUGGCCGGGACCGUGCCCAUUGAGAUGGCGCAUGAUGUUGGAGAUGACCUCUUGUUACGGGCGGCGAUAACGGAGCCGGUGCUGGUGAUGUGCACGCUGCCGGAGUUCGGCGCGCCGGCCAGCCCCACCAAGCCGGCGCCGGGGCUCGGCAAGGAGACGCUGCAGCUGCUCCCGCUCAACUGUGGCGCGCGCCUGCGCCGCACGCAGCUCGGCUUCGACAGCGAGAAGCGCAUGUUUCUCUCCGCGCGACUCCAGAAAGCUCUAACCUUCUGUCAACUCAACGUUGACAACUGGAUCAGGCAGAUCUCAUACGCCAACUCGACGGUCGUCGGCAAGAAGACCGCCGAGGACCUCCUCAGGGAGGACCAUGAGCCGAUCAAGUUUGAGAAAGAACGCAAGUUCACUCUCCAGGGACUCAAGAUCGACACGUCCAGGCUUUUCGGGAAGAGCGAGAAGGUCCUUAAAGACAUGCCGGACGAGACGGAGGGCUCCAUCAUAUUUUUAAGUAAAAACGAACUCGAGCACAUGAACUACGACGUGUAUAGCGACGACGAGGGCAAAGACGAAAAGAACGACGAGAAAACAGAGGAACACUUCUCCAACGACAAAAUGCAGGUGUUCCGGGAGGACUCCGCGCAGAAGAAGAACAAGUGGUUCAAAAACUUGAAGCUUUUGAAGAGCACGGAGAAAUUAACGGACGAAAAGAUAACGUCAAUAGAGAACCAUGAGAGAUACAGGGACAUUAAAGAUCCGUUCGAUCCUCUCGGGGAGAAACACAGCUCUAUAGAGAGGUACCAGGAUAUGGCAAAGCUCAUUGAAGACAGAUUCGGAGCCUCGAGGGCGAAGGGCGAUGGAACUGCCGAGAAAAGUCACUCCUAUAAAAGUCUGACGACUUCAUCGUCGGAUAUGGGCACGAGUCAGUGCAGUUCGAACCCUAAGAAACCAAUUUUGACAAAGUCGGUGUCAGUGCAGACGGGGAUCCCGGACAGUCCGUACACUGAAGGUAGCGGGAUCAACAUGAUACAUGGCCGCAAGAAUCUCAGUGUUGAUCAGAUCAACUACUGUGGUUCCAUGGAAAGCGACACAAGCUCCGGUAGAAAAUUAAAAUCUUUGGACGAAAAUAUGCUAAAGAAAUCUUCAGCGUCAAAAUCAUCAACGAAUUUAGAGAGGAGGCAGAGAAUACAACCAGACUUGAUACCGGAAAAGGUAAUAGUCAAGUCUGAAUCGUAUAACCAAAUACAAAGCUGUGAAGACAUAAACAUGUUCGGAGCUGGCUCUCUAUACAACGACAGUGAAUUCGAAAUUAAUUCUAAACAACACUCGUUUAUAACAGAAAAAUUGUGCUCAGAAUUCCAUGUAAAGACAAAAAAGGUCCUUAGCAAAUCUACAUCGAAUCUACUGCAUCCUAAGAAAUCCACAGACAAAAAAGACGGUAAUAACAGCAACAGUAUGCCGACGAAAACUGAACGACUAAGCGACGGUGACAAGCUUAAUUUUAGAAAGAAGAUCGAUAAACCGCGAGCUCCGACUCCCAAACUUGAAAUCGAUGAUGACCUUGUACCAAUUGAUAUCUCGGAAGAGGAACCGCAAUCUCAAGUUAAAUUAAGGAGAUCCAUAUCUUCUAUCCAGAAGAGAAAGCUGCCCGUCAUAGAAGACUUACCUUACGGUCAAGUAGCAGACGCGGUACACGUGGAAGAGGAAAAGAUUGAUUCCGAUGCCAGUUCUGACAACAUUUAUGCAGAAAUAUGUGCACCUAACAAAGCUAGCGAAGACGAAUCCUAUGACAAUAACGUAGACGUCUUAGCCAACGAUCCAGUGAUAUGCAACGUCAAAAAAGAAGUCAUCAUUCGUAAUGACGAGAGAGCUAGACAGAUGAUUGAGAACCAAGAAAACCCAUUCAGACACAUUGAAGUGGUAGUCAUAGAGAAAACCACAGACUUCAAUUUGGACACUUCGAGUAUAGCCUCAAGUGAUUUUGAUGAUAUGGGCAGCAAAAAUGACGUAUCAAUAGCCAUAGAUUCGUGGGAGCGAGACAAGAAGAUUGUUGACCAAUCAGAUUCGAAAACACACGCAAUUAGAUUAGAAAUAACGAGUAAUAUGGAGGAUUAUCCUCAAGAAGUUGAUCAAAGUUUUGAGAGGACGGAGAUUAGAUUAAGUAAGAAUAAUUCUUUAAGUUUUAGCAACAGCAUCCAUUUGAAUGGUACAUAUCCCAACGAGGCCAUUUAUGAUACUUUAAAAUAGUUUUUAAGUGUUUAACGUUAUGGUUGACAUUCGGUAGUGAGCAGCUGUGUGAUUUGUGAUUUUUGUUUAGGGAACGCGUAGCGUCGUAUUCGGGCAUCAUACACCAGUACGGUUACCAUCAGUUUGUCACUGACAUAAACGCCGUCGAGAACGUAAUUUACUUUCUAUACAUCUCGCUCGCACUCGCAUAUUAGUGCAAACGGGAUGUAUAGAAAGUAAAUUACGUUCUCGACGGCGUUUAUGUCAGUGACAAACUGAUGGUAACCGUACAGAGAACAAAGUCAGUUAAUCUCCAUGUCAAUUUGCGUAUGUACCUACCUAUUACCUACCACAUCUGUACCUAUAGGAAUAACUAAGCGUGUGCUUUAUAUGGAGAGUAACAGUCUUAAUUUUUUACUUGUCUCUGAUCUUUGAUGUCUGAUUUACGUUUUGCGAGGAUCGUUUUCAUACCACGAGCACAUAACCUCUAUAGCUACCACGGUAGUAAAUAAGUUGAUGUUGCCAUGACAGAAUAUGAUAUUACAAAUAUAUGUUUAAUAUGGUAACUAUGGGAAAAUACCACAAUAUUAAAGGCGAAUUUCUUCGGCGCUGGUACACACCCAGGUUUAUAUAAUUAAUUGAACUGUAAACUCAAUUUAUUUAUUUAAUAUUUUAUAUGCACGAUUAUUAUUUGUUACCUACCUACGCAACUCACUACAUAUCAGUUUAAUAGUACAUCUAGAAACCUAACAGGAGCCCACAUGAACAACUACCUAUGAUGCAAAAUUGUGCAAUUUUUCAUAUUCUAAUAAAACAUGGUCUUCUCUUCCCAGAGUGACACAAGCCUACGUCACAAUAACAUGGCCGCUAUAUAUAGCGCUAUCGCAUAUUAUCAUAUAGCGCUGUCGCAUGAUGACGUAGGCUUGUGUCAGUCACGUGACCACGAAAAGACGGGAAGAGAGUACCAGGCGGAGUAUAUUAUUAUGCCAUGCAAUUUUUGUAAAGUACAGAAAUAAUCAUAGACCCACCCCCUGCGACUUGUACAGUAAUAAGAUUAGUCAUUUAUUUCAAUAAAAUGUAUCAACAUUUAAUUUUCAGCAUUCAUAAAUAGUACAUUACGGUACACGUGUGAAAAGUAGGAAAUUCGCAAUCAUCUCAGCCAUAAGACGUCCACUGCUGAACAUAGGUCUCCCCCUUAUGGGGGAUGAAUGCCAUAAUCGCCACGCUUGGCAGGCGGGUUGGCGAUCGCAGUCGAGUACAACGAAUUUGAGGGUCGGUGCUGCCCGUCCACCGGUGGUCUUGGACGUAGUUUAAGGACAUACCCGGGUCCUUUACCUUUUCGCACGUAUAUUGUACGUUUUACAGUACAUGUGGCCCUUUACAUGUUCGACAUAGGGACGUAUUGUGCUAAUUACCGCCCUAGGGUGGUAAAGUAGCACCAUAUGUACUGUAAAAUAUAAUUAUUCCACUUGGAUUAUUAUUUAAAUAAGUAUUUUACCAGUCACAAAUUUGUUCCACGCACAAUAUUUUAAUUUACUGAUACCUAGUUCAAUAAUAAUUGUCUAUUGUUUAAAGGUUGUGUUUUGAUAAUCCAGUGUUUGUUAAUUACCUUUGAUAAGGCCAUAUUUUGCAGAUCACCCACGAAUUUACACGUAUAGUCAGUAGCGACAUCUAUCCAUGACUUUAAAAUAAGAAUGAAAUUAUGACAUUCAUUCUCGCAAUGAAUAAAUUGGUGCUAUAUAUAUUAGGUGCUCGAAAAAGUAAUUUAGGACCCAAAAUUAAUUAUAAGACCACAUAUCACAUGACAAUGUAAAUUAAUUUGUACCAUAUAGUUAUACCUUCGUACCUAUUGUAAAAUAAAAUAAAAAUUCGCUUUUAAGCACUCGAAUGUUAGAAGAACCUAAUCGUGGAAUAUAAAUAAACGAGGAAAAUAAAU